CGUAUACAUAUCUAGAUGAAACUCUUUGCCAUAUGGUUUGACGUUUCUUAAUGUGGUCUCUUUAUGCUGGUGUUUGUUAUGUUUAUAUUGUUUCGAAAUAAUCUGCGAUGAAAGUUAUAGAUUCUUAAAUUUUUAGUGACUAAUAAUGUGUGAUGAGGGAAGUGAUUGUACGGAUAUUUCAGAAUUCAGACCUGGUGAAAGGUGGCCGCCCGUUGGUGCUAAUGAACUCGAUGACGAAACAGUUUCAUGUGGACAGAACGAUUGCAGGUUUACACCAGAAGAGAAAAGGUUGCGAGAUCUUGAGGAACAGCAUGAGUCACUUAAUAGUGCACUUAUAUCUCUGACAACACAUUUUGCACAAGUGCAAUUUAGACUUCGGCAGAUAGUGGAGACAGAACCGGGAGAGGAAAAAGAAAAGUUGUUAAAAGACUUGGAAGCAUUUGCUUUCAGAGGAAUUCCUGAUGCUCCAGACAAAAAACUACAGGGGAUGCUUUUCCCCCCUUACUUUAGUAGUGAUGAUUUUGAGGAAAAAAUGCGCCGACAGAGAGAAAAACAAAAGGAACUCAUUUCACAGUUGAAAACCCAGUUGGAAGAUUUGGAAAAAUAUGCAUAUGAAACAGGAGAAGCAGGUUUACCACAAAGUGUGCUUAUGGAACGACAGAAAAUUAUCAUUGAUCAGCUGAAAGGGAAAUUGAACUUGAAUGUUGAUGACAUGUCCAAACUUACUGUGGAUGAUAUAAGAAGUGAAGUGGACCAGGCAAUCAGUAAACUUAUUAACCCACUGAAGAUGAAGGAAAAUUUGGUAAUGCAACUGAAAACACAGAUUUCAGACUUGGAGCGAUUCAUUGAAUUUCUUCAAGGUGAAGGUACUCCUGAAGUUUCAACAGGUGAUAAAGAAUGCGUACAUAAUUGCCCUGUUCACUGUGGGAAAUAUUCCUCGUAUUCAUCCAAGAAGAAAUAUAACUUUAGAAAUAGGGAUGAUAUUCGAGAGGAAACUAUUAAUAUAAUGAAGAAAGCUGCUUCUCUUUUACACAUGUUUGCUGCGCUGCAGUUUGGAUGUGGUACAGAUAAAUUUAGAAAAAACUCUCUAAAAAGAACUGUUAAGGCAAAUCAUUGGGGGGAUUUAAGAGCUCGAUUGGAACUUGCAGUGGAUGAAGUUCUGUCAUUGAUCCUAAACCCUGUAAAAAAUGUUGAUGCAGAUUAUAUGUCAGAUUCUGAUCAUGAUUCAGCUUUACUAUGCAAUGCUGCAUUAACAUCUGCAGUUAGGAAAAAGCUUGCUGUGAGCAUAAAAGAUCUUUUGCAACAUGGUCUGAUGCCUAUUGGUCAAAGUGUAAGUGUGGUUCCAUUCAUUGCCUGUUUUCCUCAAACUAGUGAAAUAGAAAGAGAAGAGAUGCAUGCCUGGGAGUUGAUAUUAAAAUAUUAUGAGCUAAAGAAUGGUGAGAAAUAUAAUUCAACACCAGCAAGAAAAUUGUCACAGAGCUUUAAUCUUGAUAUUGUUGGAGGAAAUGCAAUCUCAAAUAAACAGAGCUUGUUGAGUGUCAUUGGAAACAUAAUUGUUACACACGCAAAAUACAAGAGAAGUUAUGAUUCACAUCUUAAAGCAUUUAUAUGUGCAGCUUUAAAUGCACAGAAGCUCGUCACAUGGCUGCGGCUCAUUUUACGGUGUCAGAAGCUUGUAGACAUGUACUACCAGUCCUGGAGUUACGUCGUUAAAACAGGAUUUGAAGACAGUUUUCAGAGCCUUGAUAGGCUGAGCCGGUUCAAAUUUGAUUUACCAGUUGAUUUGGCUGUUCGACAGUUGCAAAACAUCAAGGAUGCAUUUUGAAUCAAGACCUUUAAUCUAUUGAAUGAACUUUUUAUUAUUCUCUCUCUCUCUCUCUCUCUCUCUCUCUCUCUCUCUCUCUCUCUCUCUCACACACACACACACACACACACACACACACACACACACACACACACACACACACAUAUAUUUAUAUAAACAGAGUAAAAGCAUUUUUUUUAAUUUUCAGUGCGGUAAUUUUGCUUGUGUGAUGAUAAUAAAAAAAGAUAGCACCUAAAAUCAAAGAUGUGUGCAGAAUAUUAUAAAUUUGUCUGAAAAAUAACACCAAGAACAUCUACCAAAAGAAGAAUGUGGUACAGAUGUCUCUCUCUCUCUCUCUCUCUCUCUCUCUAUCUAUCUAUCUAUCUGUCUAUCUCUCUCUUCAAUUUCUUACAUUGGAUGAUUCAUUAGUCAGGAAAAACAUUACAAGCAAAUUAUACCAUUUUACCCCAAGAAAUGUCCUUUUACUCAUAAAUUGAUUAGUAUGAAUUUUAAAAAGCAAAUUAAUCACACAAUGAGUAAUUUGGAUUAUUAGGCAUUCUAAAGUCAUGGAGUUAUCAAAUGGGACAGCAGUUAUAUGGAUUGCUUGUCAGUUGUUAAAAAAUACCUGCAAAAACUGAUAUCAUCAGGUUAUUGAAAAAGAGUGUAGAAAUUUAUAAAGCCACUCUUUCCCUCACCCUGUCUCUCAUGGCCUCCUCCCUGUCUCUCCCACCCCUUCUCCCCUCUCCUUCCCCUUCUCCCCUCUUCUCUCACUCCCUCUCCCCUCUCCUCUCACUCCCUCUCCCUCCUCACCCACCAAGAUCCAUAAGACACAUUUUUUCUAGUGUUUCUUCAGAUAUUUGAAAUUUCAUUUCUGUGAAGUGUAGCUGGAGUCAACUCAAGCAAUUGUUACUCAUUACAGUGUUCAUAUGACACCCAGUAUCAGUGAAAGCAGAGGUUUGUAUCCCAUGACAAAGAAAAUUAUUUUUAAAGUGGAAUUUUAUGUGCCCAUUUGACAGAGCAGUCUCAAAUUAGUCUAAGGCAAUAUUUGUUUUAUUGACAGCAAAAAAACUAAGAAUAAUCAAUACAGCAACAGCAUUGCUCUGGCCCAUACUGACUGCUACUAUCAUGCAGCAGCUCUGCUUAAUCAUUGCUGAAGUACUGAUUAUUCUUCAUGUUUUACUGUAUCUGUUAAUGCAUGCUGAUAAAACAAAUAUCACAAUAGUCUCAUUUGAGACUGCUCUGUCAAAUGCACAGGUAAAAUUGCACUUUCAAAAUGUGCUGAGCAGUAUUAAUUUGGGCUGACUCCUGCUACAUGUUGGGGGGAGAGAAAAAAAAACUACACACACACACACACACACACACACACACACACACACACACACACAGAGUCAAAAGCGUGUUCCUCACAUUUGGAUUUUGGAAACGUCUGCUCUAUCAUUAUUUUUUAUAUAAAAUUUGGAAAAAGAUUGUUUGUGAUCAGUGGGUGGUUUCACGUAUUAAAUACUUUCCGUCAUUUAUUUCUCACCCUUUUGAAAUACAUGUUGAACUGAUUGCGGAUUAAUGUUUGAGAAAAAUAUUCCUCGUGUUUGUGUCGGUGCCUCUAUUUUUUUAUUUGUAUUUAAAAUUUUAUAGAAACAAGGAAAGAGUCACAGUACCUGUAGUAUAUUAAUAAGUGACAUACAGAAUAUAUAUGAAACUUGUAUAUAGGUAAACAUACACUCAUACUGUACAUAUUGUCAUGUAUUUCUGCACAUACUACUAACUGAUUUGCAAGAAUGAAAUUUAAAAAAAAGAAAUAUUGUUAAGUAUUUUAUCAGAAAAUGGCUAGAGCAAGUUUAACAUAAAUUUGAAAGUGUGGGAUUAUGACUUUGAUAGUUAGGCUGAGCAAGCAAAAUUAGUCACAGAGGACUGAAAUAUUUCUAAACAAAAAUUACUAAAUAAUGAACAUUUUUGAGCUUUUACCAGUAAAUCUCAUGAGUAUGCAUGUGUAUUAAGAGGUCUGUGAGUAGAAAAAACAUGGUGGUGCAUAAAAAUCAUGCAAUGAGUAGAUGCCUCUCAUUCAUGCAGUGAAGAGUAUUUUUAUCAUUUAAGAUAAAAGAAUGAAAUUAUGCAACAACCACUAACUUUAGUCAUUAAUUGUAUGUAGUGGAUGUGCAAAGAUGUCCAAGAUUUGUUUUCAGUCUAACCCACAAUCUUCAAAGGGUGAUUGCGUAGUAAAGCUGUUGAUAUUAGAUUAACACAAAAAAAAUAGCUCAGAUCAAACUGAACCUGGAAAUCGGUAUUGUAUAAAUGUUGUUUUCAGAUUAUAUUGCCAUGAACUGGGAUCAACUUUGACUAGCAGAAUUGUGCAGUUCAAGUCAGUUUCAAAUGUAAAUCAUCAGUUCACAACGUUGUGACAUUACAAAAGAAAGGAUUUUAUUUCAACCAAAAGGUGAAAAGUAGUAAGUAAUAAAGAAGUUGUUGUUGACACAAGAAUGGUAAAUAAACAUGUGAAUAAUCGACUCCCACACUACCAAACUUCAAAAUAAUUUUUCUAAACUGUAGGGUUGGGUUAAGGAAAUUAUUUGCAAUCUUAAUAAUGAGCUCAGAUAACAAUUGCUCUCAUAAGAAUUCUUGAAGGCAACAUGUAAUCAAUAUGAAAAGGUUUUAAGUAGGCACUUAAUGGGAGAGUAAGAAAGAGAAUUUUGAAUUUUAGUUAUGAACAGUAAGUAUAUGGAGUUCAACAGUAGGCAGUAAGUAUGGAACGUCAAUAAUGCUCUCUGUAGUGAAAGAGCAGUAAGUACAUGCUACAUGUUAAAUUCUAUGCAGUCCAUGUUAACAGAAGGGCAUGAAGUUAACUACCAAACACCCACAGCUGUGUGAAGCAGCAACACACACCUUGAUGUACUGAAAUAGUGUGUACUUUUAGGUCAAUCUGUGGUAACACCCUUCUCGUGCAAAAAGCAGAGAAUGUAAAUUUAUACUUCUGCUGCUCUCUGCACAGAUACUUUCAUUAAUGUUGAAUAACAAUGGCUUCAAAACCUGCAAACUGUUGAACGUUUCCUCUCUGCAGAGAGCUUUCUAAAUCUGUGACCAACGAGCUGUGAUAUGUGUUGUGUUUAUCAUAUAGAUAAGAAUAAAUAUUUUUGUCUUGUGCAACUGAAUGUUUAUUAUUAAUGUUGAAAAUAAUAAUAAAUGUGAAGUUUCAAAUUAUAGAUUAUAUUUAUUCUUAUGUACAUGAUAAAUGCAAUACAAAUAGCAACUGUGGAGAAUAACUGCAAAUAUUAACAGUGUAAAUGUGUGUUUGUUUUUAUCAUGCUCAGCAAGAAGAUGAAAGCUUGGUGUAACACCAUGGUCAACAACAGUUUGUGUUCAAAUGAGCCACCCACCUAACAACAAGCAUCAACUAUCAGCAGCCAAAUGAUGUGUUCCAUAUGGUACUGGUCAUAAAAAUAAUUGUGAGAACACUGUGUUUUGGAACCAUACUCCCUGAAUAUGCCACUUGCUGAUAUCCUAGCAUUUUGGGCCACUGUGCUGGGCAUAAUUGUGUAUGCAAGAAAGGUAAAUGCAGGGAAUUAUGUUGUUCCUUUUUGUUUACUUUACACGUAUCUGACUAUUUCAGUAUGUCUGCUGAGGAAGCGACUGAGUUCAGAUUACCUCCACAUGACUUGUGUGUAAGAGGAGAUAAGAUCUUGGAAUUAAAUGACAAACAGUUUAAACUGAUGUUUCACUGAGACAAAAAUACAAUGCUAGAACAUAACCUUUUAAUUUUUUUCUUUUCUUUCUGUCAUCACAAUACAUUUUUAAAAUUUUCCAUUUACAAUUUGUACUCAUGUUUUGUGAAUUAAACCCAACAACAACUUCUUUCCAUGAAUUUUCUUUCUUGAUUGUAGUUACAUUAUCAGUUCUAGACACACACACAAACACACACAGGCCCAAAAUGAUUUCCAGCAAUAAGUCUUAAAUUUUCUUCAUAUUUACAACACAAAACCUUCAGUUAAAACAUCAUGUAUCUAUGAUAUAAGAUUAAUCACUGUGGUUGAAGUGCAAUGAUCAUGUCGAAGUGUUUUGUGAUGAUUUAGAUCAUCACUGAAUCUCAUUCAUUUGAUUUAAAUUUAGUGUCACACAACAUAGCAAAUUCAUGAACUAGGUUCAUUUUCUGAACUAUGGUCAAAAUUGAUCUCCAGUCGAUCAAGGUUAUACUAUUGGCUCAAAAUGCAGUGUUGUCUUUGCUUAUAGCUAGUUUGUUUUGGAGUAAAUUCCGACUCAUAUCAUAAUAAUUUUUAAUGAACAAAAUGUAUUGUGACUUAUUCAACUAAAGGUCAUUUCAUUUGCUGUAAGACGUGUUGGUGUAAUCACCAAACUAUAUGAAAGUAUUUCUGUUACCAGCUUUUAAACUGUAUCAGGCAUGUAGCUGAAUGAAUGAAAGGAGGAAGUUUCAACUGUGUCACUUCAUUUUUCAAUAUAAGUAUGCAAGUAUUUGUUACAAUAAUGAAAAGUACUGAGUGAAUC